UGCUGUCAGUUAUACCAGCAGCAGAGAUAGCUAAGACCCACACCAUGGAAGAAGUGAUCCGAGAGGCAGUUGGAUCUCGGCAAGAGAAAAAAAAAACUCUAAAAGAGCAUGCUAAUGCUUCGCCUCUCGGCAUGCGGAGUAAUAGUUUGAAUCAGCAUAACAUAAAAGGACCACAACUCAGAUGCCAAACCUGCACCAAGAAGUUUCUCACACAGGAUGCAGCAAAUGGCCACAUGACAUCCACUGGACACGGGAGCCCCAAUAUCCCUUGCAAGACGUGUGCCAAGAAAUUCUUCACCCAGGAUGCAGCAAACGGCCACAUGACAUCCACUGGACACGGGAGCCCCAACAUCCCUUGCAAGACGUGCGCCAAGAAAUUUUUCACCCAGGACGCAGCAAACGGCCACAUGACAUCCACUGGACAUGGGAGCCCCAAAAUCCCUUGCAAGACGUGCGCUAAGAAAUUUUUCACCCAGGACGCAGCAAAUGGCCAUAUGACAGCUGUUGGGCAUUAGGGUCUUAUUUGAUAUGCCCUGCAAAAUGUGUUUAUAAAAUUUUGGACCUAGACAGCAGUAAAUCAAUAUAUAGAAGACAAGACUCACCUACUAGUCUAGAGAUUAUCUUCACAAGGCCGGUUUCUCGCUGACAGGGAAUGGAAGUUGAUGGGUUGCAGAUAAUGAUGGCAUGUCACGCAAUAAUUGGCUAUGCAGUAAUUAAAGACCUUAUGUAUUAGUAUCGAUACGCUUAAGUCUUGAGCGUCAUGCAGUUGACAACUGCAGCUGCUUCUUGUCGCUCUGCUGUAGCUAACACCUAC